AUGGUGGACCAACAUACUAAAGAUCGCACAAGGGUUCAAUUCGCCAGGGUCCUAGUUGAAAUGGACAUAACUGAUACGCCUCCGAGAACCAUACAAUAUGUCAAUGAAUAUGGGCAGAUUGUUGAUCAAAACAUUGAUUACGAGUGGCUUCCGAUUAAGUGUAAAAGCUGUAUGGGGUAUGGACACAUUAUGGCGGAUUGUCGAAAGGGAGAGAUGAAGCAAAAGCAGCAAGAAUUGAAAGGCAGAGACUCGGCUCAACCUAAUGUGCAAGUGCAGGAAACUAAGGAAAGGACUAAGCAGGUUGAGGCUACUGCUACCAGGGAACUAGAUUCGCAGGAGGAAAUUGGUACAAGGGCACAGAAUAAAGAUUGGGUUACUCCGAGAAAAACUUUCUCUCAGAAGCAUCCAAAGGAGGCUGAAAAGAAGAGUGAUACAGGGGGGAAUUCUGUUAACAAUUUUAUGGCUUUAGGAGGAGAUGAAGGGGGUCAGAUAAUAGAUAAAGUGGGUGUGAAUAAUAGGGAAAAACAGGAUGCAGUUUUGGAUUUUUGUAAUAUAAAUAAAGUUGGUGUUGGAGCUUUAGUUGAGACUAAACUAAGAGGGAAAAAAGUUAAAGAAAUGAUGGAAAAUAAAUUCAAUAAUUGGGAUUACUUCUCUAGUUCCACUAUUGAAGGUAAUAUUCUUGUUCUUUGGAGAAGAACUUUUGUCAAAGUGAUUGUUAUUGCUGAAACUUCACAAUUUGUCCACUGCUAUGUUAAAAUGUCGGGAACAGAUCAAGCUUGCUGCAUUACUUUUGUUUAUGGUAAAAAUACUAGGGAAGGGAGAACAACAAUGUGGGCUGACUUGAAUGAUUUAAAGCAUCCUGUUAAGCCUUGGCUUAUCCUUGGAGAUUUUAAUGCUCUCUUUUCUCUUGAAGAUAGAACAGGUGGCAACCCUCCUUGUCUUAAUGAUUUGGUUGAUUCUCAAGCUUGGUUUGCCCAAGCUCAUGUUGAAGCCUUAAAAAGAACUGGUUCAGAUUUUACUUGGACAAAUAACCAGGACGGGACAAGCAGAAUAUACUCCAAAAUCGAUCAUGUCUUUGCUAAUGAGGAUUGGCAUGAUACUUUUGGAAAUACUUCUGCUCAUUAUGGUUGGGAAACUACCUCGGACCACUGCUCUUGUGUUAUCUCUAUUAAAGCUGAUAUGAAAAUUGGGGUCAAACCUUUUCGCUUUUACAAUUUUUGGGCAGACCAUCCUAAGUUCAAGGAGCUAGUUUUGUAG